UGGGGGUGGAGACACCCGAAGCCUCCUGUCUAAUACUGGAUAACGUUGCUGUAAAAACUUCGCUGCUCGCAAUAACACACAGUCAUUUACAACAACAGUACUGACUUUGGAUCUUUAGCAUUCAACCAUGUGUAAAGGACUUGCAACACUUCCUGCAACAUGCUUGAAAAGUGCCAAAGACAUCAAGCACAAAAUAAGCUUCUUACUCCAGAAGCCUGAACCCCAAGCAGCCGAUCAGAAGCAGAUGAAAGACAAGACUGCUGCUGCGAAGAGGGUGCCUACUACAGCUGAGGUGGAGAAAUGGAAGGAGUCUUUCAGCCACGUGAUGAGCAGUGAAAUGGGUCGUAUGGUCUUUGCCAGCUUUCUGAGGUCAGAGUUCAGCGAGGAGAACAUGGACUUCUGGGUCGCCUGCGAAGACUACAAGAAGACUGCACCUUCCAAGUUGCCGACUAGAGCCAAGCAGAUCUACCAGCAAUAUAUUGCGGCAGAUGCUCCUAAUGAGGUAAACUUGGACGCAGCAACCAGAGAAGAAACUAGGCAGAACGUCGAGAAUGCAUGCUGGUCUUGUUUCGACGAGGCGCAGAAGAUGAUCGUCACCUUGAUGGAGAAAGACUCCUACAGGCGCUUCCUCAACUCCAAACUGAUCCAGGAUCUGUGUCAGACACAGCCCACUGCUGCUCGGGAGAAGAAGGAGAAGAAAAACUGUGACUGUGCUGAGAACAGGCAGGCGUUAACUGGCGGUGCCUAAACGGCAGACAAACAGGGAAGACUAGAAGAACGUGCCAAAGACUGAUUAUGUAUGAGAAGGUAGACAUUAGUAAAGAUUGGUUUUGUUCGUGUCCGGUGCUUAUAGAAUAGAAAACCCGGUGGUUUAGAAGGUUAAUGUGACAUGUGGUCAAGACUUUCUUUUUUGAUGCGCUUUUACUUGCCGUUAUUUCCUGGAAGUUUGGUAGUCAUUUAAGGGUUUGAAGUGGCUACUGUAUGUCCAGAUGUGCUUAUACCAGAAAAAAUAUAUUUUAAUAUUUCCCAUUUCUGCAUUCAUCAUCAGCUGUCAUGUAUUUUUCCAAAUCACAAAAGUUGAUAGAAACUGACUAAAUAUUUUAAUAUUUCAACGUACAAUAAAAAGACUGUUUAAAUGUUUGCAUUAUAAAGCUUAGCUUUUGCUUCUGGUUUCACUGCAAAACAUAACCUGCUUUCCUGGCAUGGCAAGGUUAUAUUGAUACUCACAACAGAUAAAAGGUAAAGCUAACCCUAACAGGUAAAGCUACCUCCACCCAACAGACACACCUUCAAACAACCCUACUGCCAGUGGAGCAUGUUGUCCGUGGAGCAGUGUAAAGGAUUUAUUUAAGUAAUAAUGUACACUUGUUAUAUCUUUAAAGUAAUAUCAAGUUCUUUAUAAGAAUGACCCAACUUAACUGUGAUUGAUGAGAACACAGACACCAAAAUAAAAGUCAAAUGACUAACCUAUCAGUAUUAAAAACAUCAAUGUUUAAUUAUGAUGAUGACCAUUAACCCAGUACAGGUGAUGUGGGCAUGUUUAUUUUUUGGAGCUACAUUAAAUUAACCAUCAUGUAUUCAUCCGCAGUGAGUUUUGGCUGUCAACAGUCUUUAGAAGGCCACAAGCCGAAACACAUUGUUCUAACAUUAAAGGUGUUCUAUAUGCUACAAGUGUUACUGGUGUUUUGACCUCUGGAAUUGUUGGAAGUUGUGCCAGAAACCCGUACUCUGCGUCUACUGUAUAAACAUCUUGACAAGAUCUCUGCACCGUGCAAAUGUUGACCUUGUCUAUGUCUACUAGGAAUUUUUCACAUGCUUCAAUGGUACAGUAUUGAUUUUCUGUUGCAUGUCAUAUAGCUACCAAACAGUAAGAGAAAAGGUCUAAUUGUGACUCAUUUGCUUGAUUUAAAGAUGUUUAUUAACUGUAAUUUGUGCAGGGUACUUAAUAGUAUGUUCACUUUAAUUGAAUGUAUUUUGGUGACCUUGCAUACUAAAAUGCUUUAUCAAUGUAUGCUGUGAUGGAUAGAAAACUUGAUACUGAAUAUAGAUAUUUAUUAAAUGAUGUCAUUGUCCUAUUUAUAUCAUAUCUGUGACUAUUCACAAAUAAAAUGACGUGUUGGAUAAUCAGAA